UCGAGCAGAGAAAUGGCUCUACGUAAGGACGCAGGGCUGGGGCAGAGCACGGGGCUUCUCUGCCCGCUGUGGGGCUCUCUUCAGUGAUAUUCAGCGGCCGGUGGUGAGAGCGCGGCGAACUGCGUAUAUCCACUGAACUGCGUUUGCCAGUGGUGGUGUGGGAAACGACGCAGCAGCGACGUAAGAUUUCUUCAAAGACUGCAGCACAACGUGACUUCUACAGAGGCAUACAGCUUGUUCAACAUCCAGUCCAGAGGUACAAACAAUGGCCCAAACUCAUUUUCAAGGGAUUUUGCCAUGAUUCGCCAGGUGUUUCUCUAAGCAAGAUGUCAACCACAACUGAAAAUGGGAUGGGAGGGGGCACAGCCAGAGAGAAAACAUACAAAAAGACCACGUCAUCAGCCUUGAAGGGGGCCAUUCAGUUGGGCAUUGGCUACACAGUGGGGAACCUGACCUCGAAACCUGACAGAGAUGUCCUUAUGCAAGAUUUCUAUGUGGUGGAGAGUGUUUUUCUGCCGAGUGAGGGAAGCAACCUGACCCCAGCCCACCAUUACCCUGAUUUCCGCUUCAAGACAUACGCUCCUCUGGCCUUUCGCUACUUCAGAGAUCUGUUUGGAAUUAAACCAGAUGACUACCUGGUAAGGUACACAUUAUACAAUCCACCCUCUCUAAACAAAUUGUCACUAAAUAAAGAACAGUCACAAAACUUUAGGGGGCACGAGUGCUACUUGGAUGUACAGAAAUUGUGCAAAAUUGUCCUUUUGGUGCUCUUCGGUGUAGGGACCAGUCUCAAAUACACAGCUGAAAAAACUGAGGCACUCAAAAAGGACAAAAUAAUUAAACGCCUUUAAUACCACAUGGCAGAUAAAGUUAAAAUCAAACCUGUUUGUCCUGAUGAAGGCCGAAGAGCCGAAAUGCGUUGGCAAGAUAACUUUAUCUGCCAUGUCAUAUUAAAGGCUUUUAAUUAUUUUGUACUUUUUGAGUGCCACAGUUUUUUCAACUUUGUAAAGAACAGUCACAAUUUGAAACAGUCGAAGGCCUGUGUGUAGCUUUCCUUCAUUCUGGGGAAACAAGUGCCCUCGCUCCCACUGACACCCCUGUCAAAAGCCCUGUCGGAGCUAGGGUAGUUUCCUCUGCCACACUCAACAUACGUCUAUAGCUCAGUUGGUAGGUAGAGUCCACUGAUCUGAUAAUUUGGCAGGUCGAAUCCUGCUCUCGACAUAAACUUCUCUGGUUGAGCAGUCAGUUGAGCAGUCACUGACCCACAGGUUAGCGGUGCAAUUCCAGUUCCCAGAAUACUCCUUGAGCAAUACAUUUAGCCUUCUUUGUCCCCAGUGUCUGCAUACACUGGUGUAUGAGGGUUGUUGUGUCCUUGAGCAAAACACCUACCCCCCUUGCUCCCAAGUGUCUGUGUACAUUGGUGUGUGAGGGUAUAUUUGAAUAGGUGAGUGAUUCCUUGAUAUAAAGCGCUUUGAGUGCCUUCAAGGUGAAAAAGCUCUUUAUAAAAAUUUGACUAUUUACCAUGAUUUGAAAAAUUAAUAGACUGGACUGAAGUUGAAAUAUAGAAAGUCAUGCAUUGAAAGUAUAUAGCUUACUUUUUUGCUUUUUUGCCUUGAGUGAAAUGAUCUUAUGUGUGGGUUCCAGCAGUGGUUUGUACACACAGAAGGUCUUAUUGUUUAGUUAUACAACGUUUUCCUGCUUCAUCACACUGACAGUUCAUAAUAUUAAACAAACUAUCCCCAGAGUCUGUUUAAUAUUACUAUGCAUGUUCACAGCAUGCCCCUAUCAAGUCAUGAUAGAUGCAUUGUACAAACUAAAAUAAUGGAGUUGCUCUUGUUAUCCAUAGAACCUGUGUUAUAUAAGGAUUAUCUUGUUUUCUUUACAAUAAAUCACAUUGCCUACAGGUUUUGAAAUGUUGGACUCACCAUAUAGAACAAAACAAAGAUGAAAGAAGCAAAGGGACCAUUACCGGACCCUGGAGAUGGGUUAAUUUGGACAGACACAAACCUCUGGUCUUAAUUAAAGAGACAAGCACAAAGCAUAGCCAGCUUACGCACAAGGCUAAUGCAAUGAAGUGCUGACGUGUUUGUGUGCACGACUCAAGGUGACUGCAAAUAUUGAUUGAAGAAGGCAAGGGCAUAUCCACUUUUUGCUUCCUGUUGUAAUUAUUGAAUAACCCAACUCAUCUAGUCAAGUUAUGAAAGGUUCUGAAUUAGAUCAAUUUGUGUUUUGUUUAUUUACAAUUUGUAGUUAAAAAACAAUUUAUUUGCACACUUUUUUACAUAAUUAAAAUAAUAGAAAAUUUUGAUUUGGGAUACUGUUACAAGGUCUA